GCGAAGGUAAAAGGGGUUUUGCUUAGAGGAGAGAGAGGGCUCUCCUUGGCGUAAAGGAGGAGGAAGAGGAGGAGGGCGGCUUCUGGUUCUUCUUCUUCUUCUUCCAAGGCGCUUUUAGGCAGCAGUCGGCUGGUGGCGCCGAAGGAAAAGGAAGGCAAAAGGAGAGGAGAGGAAGGCAAAGGAAGCAGAAGGGAAGGGAGGAAAGGGCCAGCGCACGCCGGAGAUUUGGGCUUGCUUUGGAAAAGGCGGCUUUUGUGGCUCAGAAAUGGGGAAGAUGGUGAAAACGGCGGGGAUGCUGCUGCUGUGCUUGGUGCUCUUUGGCUCCCAAGCAGCCUGGGCGCAACCAGCGGAUACCAGUCUCCCUCCUGAGGAUCUGGACUCAUCAGGUGAUGAUGAUGACACUUUUUCUGGCUCUGGUGCAGGUCCUUUGCCAGACCAUCCAGUGGUUGCCUGGAAUGUUCCACUACAAGAAACCUCAAAUGCAUCACUGAUGUCUACUGACUUGGAAGAUAAGCAGCCUGAUAUUCAUAGAACAGAUAGCUCUACAGAAUACUACACAACAGUACCUGUAUCUUCAACAAGCAUGGCUGUAUUCCCAGUGAUUGAUAUGGUGACAGGCAAGCCAAGAGAAGAGGUUGAUGAUGAUGGCCUGCACUCACUUUCUGAGCAAGUGACAACAAGACCCACAACUGUAACAACAGGCAUCACAGUCUCCCACCACAUUUCCACAGUCAGAUUUACAACCUCUCAAGCUUUUGGCACAGUAAAACCACCAGAGCCAAAGGUCUACCAUGAUGUCCAUCACAUACCUAGCCCUGAUAAAAAUAUACCUGCUUCUGAUAUUAUACCUCCUAGUGAGACAACUCCAUAUACCACUACUACUCCUACAGCAUCAUCUACUGCCCAGAAGGAUAUCUCUUCUCUGCCUGAAAGAGAAGUUAUACAGUCUGAAGAUGGUUCUGGUGAUGAGGGAGAUUUUGUGUUUCCACGAAAUGAUGAAAGCUCAGUAAUGGAAGUAGAAUCUGCAGUAAAUAAUAGAGGAAUGGAUAUACCACCAAAGGAUGAGAAAUCUGAAGGCGCUCCACAAGGAAUAUUAGACAGGAAAGAAGUUCUAGGAGGGGUCAUUGCUGGUGGACUAGUAGGCUUGCUGUUUGCUGGGUUCCUAGUUGGAUUCAUGCUUUACAGAAUGAAGAAAAAAGAUGAAGGAAGCUAUUCACUGGAUGAGCCAAAACAGUCAAAUGGAGGCUAUCAAAAACCACAUAAACAAGAAGAAUUCUAUGCAUGAGCAAGCUGAACUUAGAUACUUUUCUCCUGUCUCUGGACAUCAUGAGUUCUUGCUGCAUUUUAAAGGGGGGAAAAAAACUAAAAGCCAUACGACUGACUUUAAGCCUUGUGCCUCCUUGCCAUUGGGAACUACUACUAUUUUUUCCAAAGUCAGUCUGGAUUAAUAAAACCCUUACCUGCCUUCUUGCACAAAGAUUACCUGUAAAAUGGGACACUGGUCUUGAAUAAGGACUCCUGGGGGGAAGAUAAGGAACUGAUUGUAUAUAGUCUUGAUGUCUUACAAAAGAGCCAAGAAAUUAGCAAAGUAUAAUGUGUAUGUAUAUUAAAGACAAUUCCCCCCACCAAACAUUUACUUAGCCACAAGUUGUGCUUUAAAAAUGUUAUUUUUUAAAUAAGGCUGUUAACUUGGCUUUCAAUAGUUGUUCUUCUCCCUUUGAAUGAUAACACUAAGUCCCUGCAUUGCAGCUGAACAUGAGAAUGGUGUGAGAAGGAAGGGCCUCCCCAAAAGCUAUAAAAGAUCUGUUCAAAAGGGUUGGAUGACUCAAACCAUGCCCAUGGCUUGACUAGGCAAGGUUCCCCUAGAAUUCAGUGGGAGAAGUCUUAAACAACAUUGCUUCAAAACCAGAAGCACUAUGGAGAUGACACGUGGGAAGGUGGGUUUUGAGAUAUGCAUACUUCUCCAGUUCUUCUAGUCUUUCUGACUAUGGUGUUAUCCCUGUUCACUGUGUUGUUGUUGUCCACCAAGUAGUCCUGGGGCCACCUCUUGUUAUCUACCUCUUCUGCAUUGUGCUCCUGACAGUGGCUACUUCACUGGAUUCUCAAAACCCUCCCUCUUUUUUUACCACACGGUGCUUAUACUGCUGGGUGUGGCAUAUGCUUGAUACAGGACACAGCAUGCUUAAGGGGUAAUGAGGGCUCCUGUUGCUGCCAAGUCCCAGGGACUAGAAUCCUGUUAGACUGGGGUUUGUAGGAGGAAUUCAGGGAGCAUCUGCUCAGCAUGCAGCGCCUGCGGGGGCAGGGAUGAGCAUCUGUUAUGUACAUGGCUGGCUUUUAUCUCAGUCCAAUGUGUGUUCGAGCAUUAACAGAGUUUGAAGAUCAAAUGUCUUCAGAAGCUAUUCUGUGUAGAAGAGGGAGUUAAUGAUGAAUUGUGUGCCUUCCAUCUCUUUUGUGAGACCAAAACGUAAGGUGGGGGUCUUGUCGGGUUGUAUAUCAGUGGGACCAAAUUAAUGAAUGUCAGCACUUCCAAAGCAGUAUUUAAGUGUGUUUUUAAGUACACUGUGUGUGGAGGGGAGGAGCAGGAGGAGCAGCAAUUGUGGAAAAACAGGAAGCUGAUGUAGAAUAAUAAGUGCAGAUGUAUGAUUUCUGUAAUGUACAGGAUGACAUGGAUGUUAAAUGUACUAAACAAGUGUACUGUAAAGGUUUUGUUUAGGUUUUUUUGUUUUUAGAAUAACACACAUACCCACCUUUUAGGCUUUACUUUAUUUGACCACUUACACUUGUUGGCUUUCAAAAUGCCUUCUGUUUCUAAAAGUGUGGGGUGAGUUGACACUGGUGCACUAUAAGUAAACAGUACAGUCAGAGACUUCUCUGGGGAGGGAAAUACAUCUUUCAGGUAGAGCAUAAAUGUGAGUUGCCAAUCAUGCAUUUGCUGCCUUCCAUAUCUCUCUGCUGAGAAAGCUCUUUAUCAUUACAUUGAUGGGUUUAAAUACUUCUUCGGCAUGUGAAACUUUUCUGUCAUCUCCUGGCCUACAUUUAGUACAAAGCAACUAUACAUAACUGCCUUUUUACAAUGAGGUUUUAAGUGGUGGUGUGUCCUUUUUAUGUAUUAAAAGAUAGUCAUUGACCUCAGAUGUAGGAAACACUUCUAUUUGGCAAGACUAAAGAUAAAAUUGUUUGUUUUAAUGCUCAAGCUGAAACUGGAAUCGUGUAACUGUAAAUGGUAAGAACGUACUGCUAGUUUCCAAAUGUAAGUUGGGUUUUUUGUUUUUUUUGUAUUUCACAACCAUGCACUUGCAAUAAAAAGGCAGACUGCCAAAAUAAA